AGAUGGCUUUUCAACAAUUAAUAGCAUUUGCACAGCAGAACAAAAUAGACUGUUUUAUAUUUCUGGCACGUCUUUACACAAUGGUUUCCUGUGUUCUUUUUGUGGUCCCUUUUUACGGAAUAGACAGUCAACCUGUAUUCUACCAGCGGGCGUUGUUAAGCAAUGCGUUGUCAUGCGCACUGCGGUUGCAUCAACGCAUGCCUGUUGUCGCCCUCAACCUAGAGUUUCUCUCGCGUGUUCUUCUAGAAGAUUCCGCACAUUACAUCAUCUACUCUUUGAUCUUUAUCGCAUCUUCAUCGCCAGUGACCUUAGUAGUGAUCCCUCUAUUCCUUCUGGCUCUGUUCAACAUCUCCUUUUUCAUCCAGAGGAAUAUUGGCAAUGCGAUUGGUGUGGCUCUUCUCAACUCACUGGUCUCGAAGGUGACAUCGAAUAGUCAGUCUAUCUUGAGGUUUAUUGCUCUAAAUGAAGUGCUCCUUUUUCCCGCCUUGAUCAUGAUGAUUUUCAGCGGAAAAGGCAGUAUGAUUACACCCUUCAUAUACUACAGGUUCCUCACAUUUCGCUACUGUUCGCAGCGCAACCCUUAUAGUCGGAUAGUGUUCCAGCAGCUGCGAAUAGGCGCAGAACAGAUGAUCGCUAAUCCCAUUUGUCCUGCUUUUGUCAGGACCAUAGUUCAGAAGGCCAUCCUUACCAUAUGUCGUUGGGCUCCUCCUCAAGUACCCACUCAGCCAUCUUCUCAAGCCGGAGCUGCAAGAUGAGAAAGAAGCUAAUGGCGGAAAUGAAAUUCCAACUGAUUCAAAAGUUAGGCAACCGCCGUUGAACUUUUUCGAACUCAUUUCCCAUUUGUCUGAGUUUGAUUUUUUUGAUGCGUAACCGUUAAUCAUCAAAAUAAAUGUAAUAGUGAUUGACCCUGAAUAAUGCUGGUAAAUGUUUUUCUUAAUUAAAACCCAGAAGGGCGAGUUUUUCAUUGUAUUUUUGAACUGUCAGUUAUUUAUUUGUCAAUAAAUUGCUGUGCAACUAUCCCUCUCCUCUUUUUGAGUUGUCUGCUUAUCUCAAAUUGUAUUCAUUUAAAUUCAAUUAUCAUACUGUAAAAUGCAAAUGAAUCAUAUCGUGGCUUAAUUGAUGAAUUAAUUUAAUGCCUGUUAUGCAAACUUAUGAAAUGCAUACUUAAGUCAUUUUUUUUAUAACUGAUGUCAAU